AUGGAAUACUAUUCUUCGUUAGAUGCAUCACAGUUGGACUCUGAAAGGCCGACGCUCUUCGAGCUCAUUUCAGCGAAGCAAUUAGAGGCGCUACUUUCACCAUCCUUGAGAUAUGUCCUAGUUUAUUAUGCUACAAGAUACCCCCAAUAUUUACUUAAAGUCACCAAUAGAUUUGAUGAAUUGAACCUAUUACUAAGAAGUUUUAUUGAGUGGUACUUUCUAAAGUUUUGGCAAGGUUCUUUCACUGAAAAUUUUUAUGGUAUUAAGAGAGUCAGACAGACACCUUUAUCUGGUGGAAAGUUCAAUCAAAACAGAUUGACGCAAAUCACGCCCUCAUUGAUUGAAAAGAGAAGAUCGCUAACCCGACUUCAAAAAGCAGCAUCUAUAUUUGAAAUCACUGGAGCAGCGUAUUUGAGUGAAAAAUUUAAUUACUGGUAUGAGCUUUGGUACCCCAAAUAUAUAACGAAACAGUUAGUUCCGUCGGACCCAAACAACAGGAGAGAAUUUAUUACCGUAGAAUUCAAGAAGAAGUUUGUUGAGUGGUGGCCCAGAAUUCAAAGCAUAAUAAGAGCUGGCAAUUUCCUAACGACGUUGUUGUAUUUGAGUGGAGCAACUAAGUCACCAUCAAUUAUAACAUACUUAAUGAAGAUGGAUUAUUCGAGACUAAAUCAAUACGAUUACUCCAAAAAUGAACCGAAGGCACCAUCUGCGGGUAAAGAAAGACUAAACAAAGUGAGACCCGAUUCGAUGAAUGAGUAUUUAAUGCGAUUGUUGGUCAACAAUGUCACUCGGCCGAGCUGGAAGGUUUCUAAAUACUUGUUAGGGACUUUCUUCCCAAUAGCAAUAUUCACUCUUAAGUUUUUAGAGUGGUGGAAUAACUCGAGCUUUGCUUCCCAGCUUUCCAAGGGCCAAGGUAAUGUACUAGAUACGAUAAUUCCACCGCCUUCUACGUUGUCGGAAUACGCUAAGCUAAAGAAAAUGAAUAAAAAGUGCUAUAAAUCUGGAUUGCUUUGUCCUUUAUGCAAAGAAGAAAUCACUAAUCCUGCCAUCAUAGAGACUGGAUAUGUUUUUUGCUAUUCGUGCAUUCAUAACUAUCUCGUAAAUUCCAAUGAAAUAGUAGCAAAAAGGAUCUCCAAAUUAAAAGAAGAAGAUUCUGAUAGCGAGAGCGUCGAUGGUGAAUACGAAGAACGAAACGAAAAAGGUAGUGAGCAUUUCGAAGGUCAACAACAUGCAGAUAUUUCGAAAGGAGGGAGGUGUCCUAUCACGGGAAAGAAGCUACUAGGCUGCAAAUGGAAUGCUGCAAAAGGCAGUUUUGACGUUGAAGGCUUAAGGAGAUUAAUAUUUUAA